AUGAUUCGCAAAUUUGUCGAAGUCUUCGGCAUACCGAGGACAGAAGUUACAGACGCGUUGAAGGGUGCGAAUGUUUUUAUCGAAGAAGAAAGGCGAGAGCUACUAGGUGCCUGGGUAGAUUUUGGCUCAGGCGCAUCCGUCCAGAAUGUCUCGCUCUUCUCCGACUUUUCUACGGCCAGUAUUCUCGACCGACCCGCUCGAAGCGAUGUUGCAGCAGUAUCGCGACUCAUAAGUCGAUUGGGGUUCGAGAUUGCAAGUACCACCACCACAAGGCUUAGGGGCUUGAUGUGCGCUAUUAUCCGGGUAGAAGACCCUGGCUUUGCGCAAUCUCUCUACGAAAAGUUCAGGGAUCCUAAUAUCGAAGAGACAUCUGGAAUACCCAGAUUGAAGGCCGAAGUGCACAAGCCCCUAAAUCUCAAUACCAACAAGGGAUUUACCCACAGGGCGAAUCGCAAGAAAGUCAUUUGCUCCUGGCACAAACCAAAGCAACUGGCUUGCUUAACAUUUGGCUCCGAUUCUGUGGAAAGGCUGUACGUUCCACCGCAAGCUACGAAGGGCGACAUUGUUAGCAAGAUCCCUCAAAAACUGCGGCCCGCGGGUGUGAAGCUUGAGGGACUGCAGGACCUGGACAACACCCAGGGCGAGGUCGACAUGAUUGAAGCUUUACUCGUGGACAUUGGACCGUUGGAGAUGAGACUCACAGCGAAUGCAGACCCCGAUAGUAAACGAGUCAAGGCGAUGGCUCGUUUCCAAGAUGAGGCAGACGCUAUGACCGCGGUUAGGUUGCUUAACUCUAAGCCCUUGCCAUUCAACAAGAACGACAAACUCAGCAUCAGUAGACUUCAUUCUGCAACCUACAAGGUCGCGAAUCAUAUCUUCAGCGCGGUUCUUCUAGACUUCGAGAAAACUGCUCAGACCUUCCGCUCGAAAAGAGUCAACUCCAAAAGAUUUCCAUCGGCAAAUGGCUACGUCACACUAAGACUCGAGAGUGAAAGGGGAGUUGAUCUCGCGGCAGCUAAGACUCACGCAGGCAGGCUCCUCGAAGGACGCUUAGUGUACGAUGCUGGAGGCAAGAAGCCCCUCUGGAGUCCAUCUUUCAACAAUAAGUCACUGGCAAAUCGACGGCUUCGACCCAUCGAGGAACAGCAUAAAGUGGCGUUUCAAUGCAUCCCCUCCAAGGCUGAGAUCUACGUCUUUGGCUCGUUCGAUGCCUCGCAGAGAGCUUGUGAUGCAUUGCUACAGUCUUUUAGCGACAAGCUUUCCAUGAUUCACUACAUAUCGUUAACCUCGGAAAGUCUUCACUGGGCAAUCAGGGGAGGGUUCAAGGCUAUCUGCGAAGUCCUGGGCCAAGAACCUGUAUCGCUCAAUUUUCUUGAGACACCCAAAAGAUUAGAGAUCAUCGGCCCGCGAGCUUCUUUUGACACGGCUAUAGAUAUAUUAGCCAAAGGACGGUUGCCUCAGGAGCAUGAUAAUACCACAGUAGCAGAGGAGUGCUGUCCGGUUUGUUGGACAACGGCCGAGAACCCGCUGAAAGUAAACUGUGGACAUGUGUACUGCCGCGACUGUUUCGAGAACUUCUACCAGUCGAUCGUCGGUGACGGGGAACCGGGCAUUCGCUGUCUAGCUAAGGAGGGCGCUUGCAAUAACUUGUUCUCACUUCAGGAGCUCCAGGACUGCUUAUCAUCGCUCCCAUUCGAAGAACUUCUUGCUGCCGCGGCGACUAGUCAUGUCAAAAGUCACCCGGAUGAGUUUCGCUGGUGUCCAACCCCAGACUGUCAAACCAUAUACAGACCGAUAUUGCAGGGACCGCCAAGAAUCUUCAGCUGUCAAGGUUGCUCGAAGACCAUUUGCGCAUCAUGUAACUUCGACCACCAUGGGAAGACUUGUGCUGAACACAAAUACUUCACUUCAGGAGCAGCUGCGGAUGCUGACAGGGAGUUCGACAAAGUCAAGAAGAAGCUAGGGAUCAAAGACUGUCCACGAUGCAAAACCUCGAUUCAGAAGUCGGACGGCUGCAAUCACAUGACUUGCAGCGCUUGCAAAGCACACAUCUGCUGGGUUUGUCUGGAGGCAUUCAAUGAUUCGAAGCCUUGCUAUGACCACAUGAAUAGAGCACACGGGGGGAUCUUCUCAGGUGAUGCGCUAUAA